AUGGACACUGGAGGUACAGCACAGGUCAAAGGUGCGACCGACGACGACGGAACAGCUUCCUUGAAGGGCACAGGGAAGAAAGGAAAGAAGGGAUCCAAGAAAUUGACAUCAAAGUCCUCUUCGAACCGCGUGGCUCUUCCUUCUUGGUCUCCAAUUCUUCCAGUGGCGUCCUCUUCCCGCGAAGCUAUUUUGAAAGCAUCGCUGCUAGCAAGUGCCACCGGACGCUCUUUCGAAGACGUCAAUUUCUUCGUUUUCUCUCGCCGCAGACUUGAUGGGCUCGUCGACCACCCCCUGCCGCUUCGUGCGAACAGCUCGCUAAUCCGCAAGGCGUCGCCCCAUUUCGACUAUCUCUUUGCGCAAGGUUUCGCGGAAAGCGGUAUCAUGGACAUGGCCGCUCCAUACCCUUCAACGCGUGCCGACAGUACAGACGAGUAUGCCUAUGGCUCGGACAGCGAUCUCGAAGAUGAGGAAGACACCGAGACCCCCCGGAAGAAAUCAGACGACGAGGACAUCGUCGACUCGACUCGGGGUGAUUCCACUGAUCCAGGUGGCUCUGCUACUGAGGAAGAAUUCAAGCCUGCUGUCGUCCCGAAGAAGCCAGCCAAUGCGCUCCCGGGACAUCCUGGAAGGGUAGUCUUCCUUGAUGACAUUGCUUAUAAGACCUGGAGGGCCUUCAUAUUCUACGCCUACCUCGGGGAGAAGGAGCUGUCCUUUGCGCCGCUGAGGUCCGAGCAGAAGAGCACCCCGAAUGAGCUCAAACCAGACCAAGCCCCACCGUGCUCCCCAAAAUCGAUGUAUCGUUUGGCAGACAAGUACGACAUAGCGCCACUCAAAGAGCUGGCUGCCGCCGAGAUCAUGAAGCGGCUUUCCACGCACAACAUACUAGAGGAGAUCUUCUCAACUUUCACCUCUAUGUAUCCCGAUAUUCGGACGAAGGAGUUGGAUUUUCUGCGCCGGAACAUGCAUGUGCCGGACAUACAGAGUCGUCUUCCGUCCUGGAUCGAGGCUUUGGAGGACGGACGUCUGCCGAAGGGAGCGGGGCGCAUCUUGACCCUGUUGCUGUCCAGUGCACGUUUCAACUGA